AUGAUCACAGCCUGGAAGCUAGGUCCGGCCCUCGCAGCUGGAAAUACUCUUAUUAUCAAGACUCCUGAACUAGCUCCUCUCUACGGUCAAAAGCUAGCCCAACUCGUCCUCGAAGCAGGUUUCCCACCAGGUGUAGUUAACAUCAUCGCCGGUCUGGGCCCUGUCGCAGGCCAAGCUCUCGCCGAUCAUCAUCAAGUGCGCAAGCUCUCCUUCACAGGAAGUGUAGCCGUCGGACGUACAAUCCUUGUCAGCGCCGCAAAGUCAAACCUAAAGAGAGUCACGCUUGAACUAGGUGGUAAAGGUCCAAGCAUCGUGUUUAACGAUGCGAAUUUUGAGAACGCUCUUGCAUUUGCGACGGCAGGAAUCACCCUCCACAAUGGUCAGAUCUGUGCGGCCGGAAGUCGAAUUUAUGUUCAAGAAGACAUGUACGAUCGGUUUGUUUCCGAGUUUGCAGCCAAGACGAGGGAGGCUGUAAUGGGUGAUCCUCUUCUCGACGAGACGGUCAAGGGACCUGUUAUCAGCGCUACUCAAAAGGAGAGGAUCAUGGAAUACAUCACCAAAGCCAAGAGCGAGGGAGUAGAAUUCUUGCACGGAUCAACCGACUCGGAUAGCAUGGGUAACUUUGUCCCAAACACGGCCUUCAUCAACGUCUCACCCACAGCAACCAUCAUGCGGGAAGAGGUUUUUGGACCAGUUGCCAGCUUUGCCAAGUUCAAAACGGAAGAAGAAGUCGUCGCUCUCGCCAACGAUAAUGAGUACGGCUUGGCUGCUGCUGUGUUCACCAAUGAUAUCAGCAGAGCCGUGAGGGUGUCUGACCAGAUUGAGGCGGGCAUGGUCUUUGUCAAUACCUGGGGCAGUAUCAGCGCAAACAGUCCGUUUGGGGGUAUCAAGCAGAGUGGGUUUGGCAGGGAGAAUGGUACUGACGCCCUUAAUGAUUGGACGCAGGUCAAGUGUGUCAAGAUUAAUGUUUUCGAUUCGUGA